AUGGAUAAUCCUACUACCUUCUCAUUGUUACAGUAUGCUCGUUUCUAUGGAAUAGCAAGUAGCGACUCAGAUGUGGAUCCCCUCGCGCAUGUACAAGAGAGCUUAGAGGAAAUCCCGGAUCUUCCUCUACAUACUCUUUCUCAGUUCCGGGAUCACAUCGCCCGAGUGCAAACGUCUGUCGAACAAAGCUUGCACCACGAAAAGCUAGAUCUCAGGAAAGAAAGUGCAUUAUUCCUCGCAUCUGUCCUUCGGAAGAUUGAACCGUCCGACAUCGAAGGCCACUGGGGGAGUAUCCUGCCCUCAUGGGAUCGCUACGACAAGCUCAGGGUAGAGCCUCCCAUACUUACCAACGACCAAGAACUACAACUGCCUCCUCUCAAGAACCGCGUCUGUUACACCCAGCAUGAUUACCAUCUGGUUCCAUUGGAGGAGGAUAGAAUAAGCGAUCGUGACGUGAUCUUAGUGGGAGGCUUGGUGAACGGCAUCGACCCUUCCGGCAAGGGCAUGAAAGAAGAAAGAAUUGAUUGUACAAGGGAUGCAUUGCUUCUAAUACAGAACGCAAGAACCAAUAGAAUUCGCCCCCUGGAAGACCUCGAAGGGUUACUUCGCACAGAAUUGGGUUUGAAAGAGGCCCGGGCUUCACGUUCGAGCUCUCCUUACCUUCACUCUGGCGAAAAUGAACAGUUCUCUGACGACGAGCAAUGUUAUUCCACGGCUAGCAAGAUCAGAUCCGUCUCAAGUGUACCUGAAAAACAAAAAAAUCGAGAUUUAGAAGAUAUGUGUAUUGCAGGGGAGGGAAGGGUCGGUAGUCUCACUCCGGAUCCGUUCGAGACUAUCUUAUGCGCGCACAACAGCUCUGUUCUCGCAAAAUCUCCACAAAUAUACACUUCACCAGCGGAUGAGGGCGAUAUUGAGAUGCCCGAUCACACAAGUCUAUCUUGCUUUUCGUCAUUAGAAGAUGAUCGCGAGUUCGCUUUCCCUUAUGUGCAAGAUGGCUCUACUGAAAACGCUGCCAGUCUGAUCUCGGCGACGAGCACGGGAUCAAGCCAUAGUCUCUCUCGAGUGACUUACGCUGGGAUCACCGAUCAAAUUGCAACACCUGAUUGCUUCCCUUACGAAGAGGGCUUUGCAAUCAAAACUCCUCCACCUAGCGACAGCGUAAUUCUGGGAAAGUUCAAAGGCCGAGAUGAGACGCAUACGGACUGCAACCGUAUGGGACGGCUUGGGAUAGAGUUUCCGGCUCUUAGCUCGUCAAAUGGAGAGCCUCCAAGAUUGUCUGUGACGGAAAGUGUUGCUCCACUGGCGAAUUAUCCUCAAAAUGUCUAUCAACAGGGCAUUGACCAUGAUUCUCAUAUGAGGCGUUAUGAUGUGACGAACACACCCGUGCCAACAAAGGACUGUUCAUUGCAAACUCUCAGACCGGACAACGGCUACAUGUUUCCUGUGUCGAUCGAAUAA